AUGCCCCUUGGAUUGACUAAUUUGGGAAUUGGCGCUUUUCAAAAUGUCAGAGGUAUAACUUCAAUACAUCUAACAACAGAUAUUGACAAAAUUAAAUAUAAGACAUUUUCUGGGAUGAUUGAUUUAGUUGAGAUAGUAUCCCCAUUGGACAGAGUUGAAAUUGAUGAUUUUGCACUUGAGAAGUGCGACAACUUAGUUCGACACCCCAAAUUUGUCCCCAUGAAAGGUGCGUGGUUUAUUGAUAAGUAUUUAGCUAAAUUUUGUGAGUUAAAAGAAAUAGUAAUAUGGAAAAGUAUCACAGAAAUACCACGUCAAUGUUAUUGUGAUGUUACCAUUCUUGAAUCCAUUAUAUUCCCUCAGAGCAUUUCAUACAUUGGAACGAAUUGUUUUAGAGGAUGCACCAAUUUGAAAAUAAUCGAAUUUGACCCAGAUGUGAUUUUUGGAAGGAAAUUGGUGUUUGCAAAUUUACCAUUUCUUAUGAAUAUUAACCUUCCAAAUACAUUAACAAAGAUCAGAAACUUCAUGUUCAAAAAUUGCUCACGACUCGAAAAUAUUACUAUUCCAGUAAGUGUUAAAAAGAUAGGGGACAUGGCGUUUGAAAAUUGCAAAACAUUAAAAAAUAUGAUCAUCCCAAAGUAUGUGAGUUUAGUUGGCGUGUGGUGUUUUAAAGGAUGUGAUAGUCUUGUGACAAUUCAGUGUUCUUCAACAUUGUCUGUAAAUCAAAAUAGUUUGAGAGGAAUAGAAGAUUGUGUCAAAUUCAAUGUUUAUUGA